GAGAGAGAGCGCGCCGCGGAGGCAGAGAGAGGACGGGAGAGCAGGGAGCAGCAGUCCGUCUCCGCUGGAUCCACUGUUGGUUGUUCUUAUUAAAGCUCCAUCCUCGGCGCUCAGCGCUUCAUUUUCCAGUCAUAAAGAACCUGAAGGACUAUGACUGAUAGACCCAUCUCCCAGUUCAAGGUGAUCCAGCUGGGGAGAUAGAACAUUUGUGACGUAUACAUUCCACACAUUUUCUGAAAAAUGAGGACUAUUCUACUGGGCGUCGUAUGGCUUUGUAUGGGCCUGUCCCUGGAUGCACUGUCUUUGACUGGACAGAAGAUAGAGACAGUAGAAACAGCGAUCAGAGGAGAGAAGCUGCUCAAAAGAGUGAGAAGAGGCUGGAUGUGGAACCAGUUUUUCCUGCAGGAGGAGUAUACAGGCAGUGACUACCAGUACAUUGGCAAGCUCCAGUCGGACCAGGACCAUGGCAAUGGCUUAGUCAAGUAUGUUCUCUCUGGCGAGGGGGCUGGCACCAUCUUUGUCAUCGACGAAAAUAAUGGCGACCUGCAUGCCACUCGCCGCCUGGAUCGUGAAGAAAAGGCUUUUUAUAUCCUAAAAGCCACAGUGGUCAACAAACGGACAGGUCAAAAGUUGGAGCCAGAGACUGAGUUCACCGUAAAACUCCACGACAUCAAUGAUAAUGAGCCUCAGUUUAACAAAGAGGUUUACACUGGCAGCGUACCUGAGAGGUCUGACAUUGGUACGUCAGUCAUCCAGGUGACAGCUACAGAUGCUGAUGACAGUAUGUAUGGGAACAGUGCCAAACUGGUCUACAGCAUAAGCCAGGGACAUCCAUACUUCUCUGUGGACCCAAACACAGGCAUGAUCCGGACAGCCUUGGGUCCUGGUGACAUGGACCGCGAGCAGAGGGAGCACUACCAGGUGGUGAUCGAAGCCAAAGACAUGGCUGGCCAAAGAGGAGGGCUCACAGGGACCACAGUGGUUAACAUCACUCUCACUGAUGUCAACGACAACCCUCCCCGCUUCGCUCAGAGUAUUUACCAGUUCAGAGUUCCUGAGUCAUCCAAGUCAGGUACCCCAGUUGGGAGAAUUCAAGCCACUGACAGAGAUAUUGGGAAGAAUGCAGAGAUGUAUUUUACCAUCGUCAGUGGAGACGGCAUGGACAUGUUUGAGAUCUCCACUGACAAAGACACCCAGGAGGGUGUCAUCACUGUCAGCAAGCCUUUGGAUUAUGAGAGGAAGCCAUCAUACACAGUAGAGAUCCAGGUCCAGAACACCCAGAUGGACCCUCGCUUCAUGUCUGCAGGCUCCAAAGACAUGGCAACCGUUCGCAUUGCUGUGGAGGAUGUCGAUGAGCCACCAUUGUUCGACAAAGCCAGUUAUCUGAUGGAGUUGAAGGAAGACGCUGCAGUGGGCGUGGCUGUGGGUUCAGUCAGUGCCAUGGACCCCGAUGGAGCUCACAGCAUGGUCAAAUACUCUAUCGACCGUCGCACUGACAUGGACCACCUGUUCAAUGUCCAUCCAGGGAAUGGGUCUGUGUUCCUGCUCAAAAGUCUGGACAGAGAGGAGACUGCCUGGCAUAAUAUUUCAGUCAUUGCUACUGAGUUCAAUAAACCCCGACAGAGCAGCCAUGUUCCUGUCUACAUCCGCCUGCUGGACAUCAAUGACAACGCUCCCACCUUCGCCACUGUUUAUGAAACCUUUGUCUGUGAGCGAACCAAGGCUGGUCAGGGGAUCCAGACAGUGAGUGCUGUCGAUGCUGAUGAGCCCUCAGCGGGACACAAGUUUUAUUUCAGCUUGGCACCUGAGGGGACACACCGCAGCAACUUCACUGUUCGAGACAAUGGAGAUAACACUGCCAGCAUCCUGACACGUCGAGCCAGCUACAGCCGUCUUCACCAGAGCGUUUACCUGGUUCUCGUAGUGAUCACUGAUGGCGAGUACCCCAUGCAGAGCAGCACGGGGACCCUCACUGUGAGGGUGUGCACGUGCGAUCGCGAAGGCAACAUGGAGCUGUGUAACACCGAGGCUCUGAGCAGCUCUCCUGGCCUCAGCACUGGAGCACUCAUCGCCAUCCUCCUGUGUGCUAUCAUAUUGCUGUUGAUCGUGGUUCUGUUCACGGCAUUAAAGCGCCAAAGGAAGCAAGAACCUCUCAUCAUCUCCAAGGAGGAUGUUCGAGAUAACGUGGUGAGCUACAAUGAUGAGGGCGGUGGCGAGGAGGACACCCAGGCAUUUGACAUCGGAGCACUGCGACACCCGGAUGCUGCCGCCGCCUUGGAGGAGUCUGCCAAACAGAGGCGUGACAUCAUCCCCACUGACACCCUGCUGUAUGCACCAAACGGCCGACCUGCCCCAUCCGCCUCCGGCCUCAUCGUGUCGCCGGUCAGCAUGGCGUCACGCGAUAACGGGGAUGUUCGUGAGUUCAUCAACCAGAGAGUCCUAGAAAAUGACUGCAACCCAACAGCGCCGCCGUAUGACUCACUGGCCACCUAUGCCUACGAAGGCGCAGGUUCAGUGGCUGAGUCACUGAGCUCACUGGGCUCAGCUUCAUCUGAGGCUGAGCAAGACUACCACUACCUGAGUGACUGGGGGCCCAGGUUCAGGAAACUAGCUGACCUGUAUGGAGCAGAGGACAGUGACUUCUCCUAACAAAGAUACCACAAACAUACACACUUUCAUGUCAUAGACAGGUUCAGUACCAUUUUGAUCAAUGCAGGGCCAAUGGAAACAACAUCUAACUACAAACUCAGUAUUAUUGUGAACAUUGCUGUUGAGCUUUAAGAGAACGUGAGAACUUUGAAAAAUACAGCCAACACACACUCAACUAACAGAUGUGCUAGCAGAUGUUAAUUCCAUUUAAUAGGAUAUUCAAGAAUGCCAGCUGACCUGCCUUCACUACAUGUGGAUCCAAACAUGGAGCUUAAAAAGGGGCAAAAGCCCUAAAUAUCUGUUUUUGGGAAUGGAAACUUAAUGGAUGUAGAAAUGUAAAUCAACCAGCGCAAUGGUGGAGCCAGUGUCAGACUCACUGAGGCCUAAAUGGAGUUUAGAAUCAAAAUUGAAGAACUGUAUUUUGUAUGGAGAAUUGGACCUUUAAUACUUUCAGGCUUUGCUUUAAUAUUUCCGUGGUUACCAAAUAACCAUUUUGUAAAGUGUUAUCUGUGGCUUUACAUGUUAUUGAAGCCAAACUGUGUUUGGAACCAGGUCAGUUGACAAAACCCCAGUCUAGUUAUUUCAGGACUAGACCAGACACAAUAAUCAGUGCAGACACUGUAUGAAGUGAAAAUUGUGGGGAAGACUUUUUUUUGUACUAAGUGCCCUUCUGCUGCCCAUCGAGCUGAACUGUGGAUACCUGUAAACUGGCUGAGACUGGGGGGGCGGGACUAGUGACUCUUAUAUGAUUGCUUUUUGUCUUUUUUGCUGUCUUGUACAAAAUAACCAUUCCAGAGGAAGGAUCCUGAGCUGAAAAUCAUCUUCUUUAGGAAACAAUGUAAAAAGAAGACAACUCAUAUGGCUAAAUGCACUGACUGUUUAAGCAGGUUUUUAGAUUCUUUUUAAAACUGAUUUUAUUAUGCUGCACACAAAAUGAAGAUACUGUAUGCUCAUGGCAUCAUUUCUAGAUUUUUUGCUUCUCGAUUAAGUGUAUAUUUGGUCAGAACUGUGGAACUGAACUGAGUUAUAUUGGAAGUAUGUUAAGUUCUAUACAUUUUUAAUUUUGCUGGAAUUUUUUUCUCAAGGCUUGCUUAUUGGGUUUUCAAAAAGGUAACAGGCCAGUAUCCUCAUCUGGUAUCAAGUCACAUGUUUGGAGUUUGUGUUUUAAACAGGGUAAUGUCACUGAGAACAGGAACACACUGAUCACAUUGACACCUGGAAGCUGCCCAGGACAACUGCAGUCCUACCUGCAGGGCACUGAGCAGCUACACUGGGAACAAACUUUCCCAGUCGGAUUUAAUCCUGCUCCAGGGUCUGACCUCCUGGUCACACAACUUUGCUAGUCAUCACUGCCCAAUUUUAAUAAAGCAAAAUACAACCUCACAUAUGAUAUUGACAACCACUGAAAAGUUAUACAAAGUAUUUUCUUUGGGAAUAUUCUCUAUAUUUACAUGAAGGACAUAGGGUAAAUUCCGACUAAUGUUCAAACAUAAAUUAACUAAGAGCAUCAAGCUAUUUGUAAGGCAAACAUUGUGAUUUUGGUGAAAUAUUAAAGCUGCAUUAAUCUGUAUUUUUAUAAUGAAUCAAAUAACUACAUGUAACGUAGGUAGUGGCCAGGUAGUGUGCACUGGGUUUCUACACUAAAAACCAACACCAAACAGCAGACAGUGUUAGUGACUAGCUGGUAAACAGAACGGGUACAGAGUGGAAGAUUUUGAUCAGGGGUUGGUGGAUACCUAACCAGAGUUAAAAGGAGAGUGAAUGUGAAAAUUACAUUCAUCAGGUGGACACAAAUGUAACUCCAAAUGGACGCUAAUGUUUCUCUCAGUGUGUGCUAAAUGAAAGUGACAAUUUAACAAUACCCUUAAUUAACAGUAGUAACAUUUUGGAAAUUAGGCUUUCCCAAAAUUUGCUAAUUGCCCACAGUUAGAUUGAUAUCACUUAGCUUAGCACAAAGACUGGAAUGGUGAAAAUGGCUAACAGUACCUGCAGUACCUCAAAAUCUUCCAAAUAAACACAACAUAACUUAUGUAUUGCAUUCACCUAUCUAAAUGUAAGAACCUUUGAGGCUAGAUGCAGUUACUCACUAGACCGGUUGUCUGGCAUCAUCCUGGACAAAAACGCAGGUAACUACUAUAGCAAGACAUGUCAAGUAGAUCAUCAUGACACCAAACCACUGAGUGGAAACAUUUUUGGAUUCACCACCAUAGAUUGUGGAAAAUUGUGAAUUAAUGUACUCCUGUUUGAUGCAGCUACCUUACAGCAACAUUACCAUGACAACAAACCCAAAGUCGCCUGUCUGCUGAUAAGUCAAUAGACAGUGGAUGCUCUGCAAAUGAACAAAACCCCAUCAGUUUUAACAUUGCCCUAGGAUUAGACUGUGUGGGUUGCAUACUCUAUACAUUAAUCCCAACAAAUGACCUGUUCAGAGUAGAUUUAUUUAAAAGUGACAGCCCUACUUCACAGUCAGUAUUGCAACUUGAAUGAAUUUCAGUGACUGGUAAUCUCAUUUUCAGCUCCAUUUUAUUUCCUGCACAUACCAAUUUUCUUCCAUGUACAAGGUAUUCUGGUGCAGAUUUCGCUUUUGCUGCUCAGGCAAAAAAAAAAACAAUUUUCUGGUUCAUUUGCUCAGCCCACUCUGUCUCAUUGAGAGACAAGAAGUUUUGUUGUUAAAUGUUGUGAUUAACCAUCACAAGGCAACAUAUAUUUCAUUUGCUUUGACGCCACACUAAUCACUGAAGCAAAAGGUAAAAAUCACAAGUCAACAUCAGUGCUAUGUAAAAAAAAGUUUCCAAAUGAGGAAUGAAACUAUGUGGUCAGAAUCAUUAUUGAUUCAGACUUUUUGUUAUUCUGAUUUGAUAUCAGGAGUUUGCAUUGUGUUUUUGGCAGUUCCAGUAAAAGCAGCAGUUUGUUCCAGUUGUGUUUUGUGACUGUGGUCUGCUAUGAAGGCUUAAAACAAAAAUGUUCACAUAUUUUUCUUUAAAUUGUAAUUCAUUCUUUUUGUACCAAAUAUUUAUAGGGCAAAUUAUAAUAUUAUUAGAGGGGGAAAAAUCCAAAUAUUGCUCCGCUUAACUGUUUUUAAUGUAAUUUUGGAGGUGUGAAACUUGCUGUGGGAAGUCUACCGUCCGUAUA